AUGUCUCAGGCUCGAAGGUCACAAAAGCGUAGGGCAACCCAAGUGGCAGAACCCACGCAGUCUACCGACGUCGAAAUAGCCGAGGAUGAAUCCACGCCUCCGUUACAGGGCUUAACACAGGCAACAAGGACGUCAAAACUGGGCCAUCUAGCUCGUCACUUGCUCCAUGCGUCCUCUAACGAAAAAGACGGAGCUCUCAAGGAUAUUGUAGCCCAAAAACAGCAUUUCUUUUCCAAGAGGGAGUACAGCCACGUACUAAGGGAAGCGAGCAAUGUUCUUCAACGUUCAUUUGGUUGCAAGGUCAUACAUCGAGCCAACCAAUCACACAUUGUUCGGAUAGAGCCCAUGCAGGAAUGUAGCACUGGUGAUACUAUGGCCCAGGCAAAGAGAGGUUUGCUGUCGGCUAUUCUUAUGUUUAUAUUCCUGUCGAAAAGCAGAAAGUCUAACGUCACUUGCAUCACUGAAGCAAUGUUGCAGAAUUUCCUUGUGAGUUUAUUGAUCAUA